UUCCUUUCUCUUCAGGGUUUUAUAAUGCAGCAGACCAUGUACAGAAUUCGAAAUCCUCGCAGGUCACUUAAAUUCUAUACAGAAGUUCUUGGAAUGAGGUUGUUGAAAAGGCUUGACUUCCCUUCAAUGUCGUUUACCCUAUUUUUUAUGGGUUUUGCUGAUGAAGCUGAUAUCCCUAAAGAUGAGAAAGAAAGGAUUAAAUGGACAUUCAUGCAACCAGGAACCAUAGAACUUACUUAUAACUAUGGAACAGAUUCUGAUGAUAGUUUUGAAGGGUACCAUAAUGGUAACAAGGAACCUAGAGGAUUUGGUCAUAUUGGAUUGUCUGUACCUGAUGUAUAUGCUGCCUGUGAAAGAUUUGAGAAGCUAGGUGUGAAGUUUAUCAAGAAGCCUGAUGGUGGUUCAAUGAAAGGACUAGCUUUUAUUCAAGAUCCUGACGGAUACUGGAUUGAGAUACUUAGUGCUAACAAGAUAGACACAGCUCUCUCCAUUUUCUAAUAUUUGUCAAAUGAUCGCUGAAAUACCCUUCACUCAAUCAUAAAGGGCCCACUGGUAGAGCAGUUUUUGUCUCGCCCACCGGAGGUGAAGGCGAGACUUAGGGAUCCAAAUGUCGUCCGUCCGUCGUCCGUCCGUCGUUCGUCGUCCGUCCGUCACAAACUUAAUGUCACAUAACUCCACAACCGUAAGUCGAUUUUCAACCAAACUUGGAUGGUAGAUGGACUUGGGGGACCUGCAUGUUAUGCUGCAGUCGGAGGUCACAUGGUAAGGUCAAAGGUCAUUUUCAGGUCAACGUUAAAGUUUACAUGCAAGACUCUCUUAUGACACCUAACUCUGCAACCGUAAGUCGCAUUUUAACCAAACUUGGAUGGUAGAUGGACUUGGGGGACCUGCAUGUUAUGCUGCAGUCAUAGGUCACAUGGUAAGGUCAAAGGUCAUUUUCAGGUCAACGUUAAAGUUUACAUGCAAGACUCUCUUAUGAUACCUAACUCCGCAACCGUAAGUCGCAUUUUAACCAAACUUGGAUGGUAGAUGGACUUGGGGGACCUGCAUGUUAUGCUGCAGUCAGAGGUCACAUGGUAAGGUCAAAAGUCAUUUUCAGGUCAACGUUAAAGUUUACAUGCAAGACUCUCUUAUGUCACCUAACUCCGCAACUGAAAGUCACCUUUCAACCAAACUUGGAUGGUAGAUGGACUUGGGGGACCUGCAUGUUAUGCUGCAGUCGGAGGUCACAUGAUAAUGUCAAAGGUCAUUUUCAGGUCAACGUUAAAGUUUACAUGCAAGACUCUCUUAUGACACCUAACUCUGCAACCGUAAGUCGCAUUUUAACCAAACUUGGAUGGUAGAUGGACUUGGGGGACCUACAUGUUAUGCUGCAGUCGGAGGUCACAUGGUAAGGUCAAAGGUCAUUUUCAGGUCAACGUUAAAGUUUACAUGCAAGACUCUCUUAUGACACCUAACUACCCAACCAUAAGUCACUUUUCAACCAAACUUGGAUGGUAGAUGGACUUGGGGGACCUGCAUGUUAUGCUGCAGUCAGAGGUCACAUGGUAAGGUCAAAGGUCAUUUUCAGGUCAACGUUAUAGUUUACAUGCAAGACUCUCUUAUGACACCUAACUCCGCAUCCGUAAGUCGCUUUUCAACCAAACUUGGAUGGUAGAUGGACUUGGGGGACCUACAUGUUAUGCUGCAGUCGGAGGUCACAUGGUAAGGUCAAAGGUCAUUUUCAGGUCAACGUUAAAGUUUACAUGCAAGACUCUCUUAUGACACCUAACUCCGCAACCGUAAGUCGCUUUUCAACGAAACUUGGAUGGUAGAUGGACUUGGGGGACCUGCAUGUUAUGCUGCAGUCAUAGGUCACAUGGUAAGGUCAAAGGUCAUUUUCAGGUCAACGUUAAAGUUUACAUGCAAGACUCUCUUAUGAUACCUAACUCCGCAACCGUAAGUCGCAUUUUAACCAAACUUGGAUGGUAGAUGGACUUGGGGAACCUGCAUGUUAUGCUGCAGUCAGAGGUCACAUGGUAAGGUCAAAGGUACUUUUUCAGGUCAACGUUAAAGUUUACAUGCAAGACUCUCUUAUGACACCUAACUCCGCAACCGAAAGUCACCUUUCAACCAAACUUGGAUGGUAGAUGGACUUGGGGGACCUGCAUGUUAUGCUGCAGUCAGAGGUCACAUGGUAAGGUCAAAGGUAAUUUUCAGGUCAACGUUAUAGUUUACUUGCAAGACUCUCUUAUGACACCUAACUCCGCAUCCGUAAGUCGCUUUUCAACCAAACUUGGAUGGUAGAUGGACUUGGGGGACCUACAUGUUAUGCUGCAGUCGGAGGUCACAUGGUAAGGUCAAAGGUCAUUUUCAGGUCAACGUUAAAGUUUACAUGCAAGACUGUCUUAUGACACCUAACUACCCAACCAUAAGUCACUUUUCAACCAAACUUGGAUGGUAGAUGGACUUGGGGGACCUGCACGUUAUGCUGCAGUCAGAGGUCACAUGGUAAGGUCAAAGGUCAUUUUCAGGUCAACGUUAUAGUUUACAUGCAAGACUCUCUUAUGACACCUAACUCCGCAUCCGUAAGUCGCUUUUCAACCAAACUUGGAUGGUAGAUGGACUUGGGGGACCUGCAUGUUAUGCUGCAGUCGGAGGUCACAUGGUAAGGUCAUUUUCAGGUCAACAUUAAAGUUUACGUGUAAGGCUCUUAUGACAAGUGUUAUUCCAUCCCAGUCAUUUCACAAUGCAGUUUCGAUAUAAUUCUCUUGCGUGCCCUCGCAAAUCACGAUAUUUCUGGUCAUUUUCAUAAGUGGGCGAGACACAAAAUUGCUUUUGCCUUGUUUAACUGAAGUGGCUACCCUGGGUAAAUAAAACACUAUUGUUUAUUAAAGAUAUAAUUUUGAUUAUAUUUAUCUAAUUUUACAGGUGGUAUAUCAUGGUAGAUAUGCAUUGAGCUAUUUAAUCCAGGAAUUAAACAGCUCUUAUAUCCCACCAGGGUUAAAAUGAAAGGCUUGAUAUUUCUUGUGAUAAACAAAAAUCAAGGGAUAAACAGCUGAUUGACUGAUUUUUGUUCCCUACCUUUUGGUUUGUGUAUUACCUUUUGAAAAUCACUACAAAACAACAAGGAAAAUGCAAGGUUGUUCCCACAUUUGUAAUAGCACAGUGCAUGGAUACAAUAUAGCUAAAACAGCUUGUGUGUAAAUUUUCAAGCGAAUUUAGUUCCCUGAGAUAGGAAUUACAGAUCUCAUUCAACGAUGAAUUAUGAAUAUUUUGAUUAAGAAUUUAAAAUUAUGCUUGUUGAAAAAAAAAUUGUAUGUGUAUUUUCUUUCAAAGUCAGCACUGCUGAUAUAUUUAAUCGCGUAAUGCUGAUGAGACUGCCAGAGCUGUUCCACUUGCUUUUUUUUACAUACUUUCUUAUCAAGAUUACAAUGACACACAAGAGUGUAAAAAUAUGUUUCCUCACAAUCCAAGUUGUGCAUUUACUUGUCAAACAAUCAAGAGAUCUCCACACCUAAAAUUGAGCAAAACAAAUUAUGUACUGUAGCUAAAAAGUUAUAGUUAUGCAAUCAAUUCUCCACAAGGCAUGAAUUGAAUAUUAGCAUUGCUGUAUCCAGGAUUUUUUCAAAAUUUGCAAGCAUAUGUUCAAUGUGAAGUGCAUGGAUGAGGGGACACAAAGCAAUCGAGUUGAAAAUGAGGGAUUUAUCAUUUUUGGAAUUAGAUAUUAAAAUCAAAUGAUCUGUUACAUACUUUUCGUUGAUUUAAUGAAAAUUUUUUGAUAAAAAAAAUAGUUACAGCUAUGAUGAUCUCGUCCAAAUUUCUAAACAAUAAAACAGGUAAUUUGACACUUUAUUUUUGUAUGUUUCAGAUUAACGUAUAAUUGCUUCCAAUGCCUUAUAAGUACCGGUACACAUAAUUUGGUUUUCUUUCUUUUUGUUGAAUCCUUCAGUAUUAAAUGGACACAGAUUGGUAUAUUCAUCUUCAUAUAAUUAAUUUCUAUUAUAUGGAUGAACUAUUAAAAGAAAUUAAUAUGUUUUAAUGAUAAUGCAUGCAAGGGAUUAAUACUGCAGGGUACCCAUUUACCUCACCUGGGUCAAGUGCGGCAUUGUGUGGAUAAAUUUCUUGCUGAAGGAAAACAUGCCAUGGCAAGGAUUCGAACCCAUGACCCUCUGUUUGAAAGGUGAAAGUCAGAACCACUAGACCAUGACACACCCUCAAAGACAUACUUCAGUAAAUGAAAUCUACAUACUUAGGUUAACCAGAAUAACUUUUCUGGUUGUAUAUGCCGUAAAUAUCUUUUCCACAUAUUUUAUCACUUUUUUAUGUAAGUAUGAUCUGAUGUAUACAUGUAUUUGUACUAAUAAAUCAUCUACUAUGAUAAAAAAAUCAUU